UAAAUCCCAAAAAUUCAAUCUGUACGGCAACAACUGCCAAAUAAAAAAAGAAAAAACAGAAAAAUCUGCGUUGUAAUUAGGUGCCUCAUAAUUCCACUUCCAUAAAAACCACUCUUCUAGUAAAAACCGAAAUCUAUUACUAUAUUCUUAUUUAGGGUUCAAAUCAAACCAUUACACCGCCAAAUGCAAGAGGAGAUAUGGGAACCGAGUUUCACACUACAGCUGCUUUACUUGAAUCUUCUCCAUCAACAGGAACAGCUUCUGCAAUUCAAACUUUUGGGAAUAUUAUUGUUUCUGUAGUUGGUACUGGUAUUUUAGGCCUCCCUUUUGCUUUUAGAAUCGCUGGUUGGCUUGCUGGAUCGAUUGGAGUUAUCGUGGCUGGAAUUGCCACCUAUUACUGCAUGCUUCUAUUGGUUCAAUGCAGAGACAAACAGGCAUCCCAAGAACCAACACAGGAAACAAAAACAUUUGGUGAUUUGGGUUACAAGUGCUUGGGUAAUGCGGGCCGGUUCUUAACAGAAUUUCUGAUUUUCAUAUCUCAAUGUGGAGGAUCAGUAGCUUACUUGGUCUUCAUUGGCCAAAACCUCGCAUCCAUAUUUAAAAGCCAUAGCUAUCCUGUCUCAUCCUUCAUAUUCUUUUUAGUCCUUAUUGAAAUUGCUCUUUCUUGGAUUGGUUCUUUAUCUUCUUUAGCGUCUUUCAGCAUUAUUGCAGAUAUAUGCAAUAUCAUAGCAAUGGCAGUUGUGGUUAAAGAGGAAGUAGAGAAGUUGGUAAGUGGUGAAUUUAAGUUUAGUGAUAGAAUUGCAUUCACUUCUAAUAUAGGAGGAUUGGCAUUUGCUGGAGGGAUGGCAGUUUUUUGUUUUGGAGGACUUGGAAUGACUUUGGCAUUGGAGGGAUCGAUGAAGGAGAAACAGAAAUUUCCAAGCUUAUUAGCUAAGGCAUUCACUGGGAUUAUUCUUGUCUAUGUGUCUUUUGGAUUUUCAGGUUAUAUGGCUUAUGGUGAUCAAACUGAAGAUAUUGUCACUCUCAAUUUGCUCGACAAUUGGUCUACCAUUGCUGUUCAGAUUGGAUUGUGCCUGGGACUAGUGUUCACAUUUCCCAUGAUGGUACACCCACUUCAUGAAAUCAUAGAAGGAAAGCUGGAGAACAGCGAAUGGUAUCAAAAACUCUGUUAUAAAAAUGAUGAAACUUUAACAAGAAAUGGAAAAUUUGGCAGAUAUGCAAGUCGCGCAGUUUUGAUUGUCGUUUUGGGAGUCUUAGCAUCAUUUGUUCCUGGAUUUGGUGUAUUUGUCUCACUUGUGGGAAGUACAGUGUGUGCAAUGAUCUCAUUUGUUCUGCCAGCCAUAUUUCAUCUGAUAAUAUUAGGUCCUUCUUUGAAUUUUUGGCAGAAAGCCUUCGAUUAUUGCUUUCUGAUUUGUGGAUCGCUAUUUGCUUGUUAUGGUACUUACAACACCAUUUUUGGUGCUUGAACUAAUGUUUUUUGCACUGUAACUUCAAGUGCAUGGAAGAGAGACAUUGUUGGACACUGUGAGGAAAGAAGAUGUCUCUAAGAAUUAUAAACAAGCCUU